CGUGAUCUGCAACAUCAGCCGACAUUUGAAGAAAAAAAAAGUAGGGGGGAAAAUCAACCUGCGUCGCCGCACCACUUUUGGGGCAAGCUCCAUACCAGGAACCGGGAUUUUGUUUUGGCCUUAGCCUACUUUUUUAUGAUUUUGGUUGAUCUUUAUUAUGUGAAAUACACUUAUUUUAUUGUUAUUUUCAUUAUAAUUAGUAAACCUGAAUUUAAAGGAUUAUAAUACAAAUUUAUUGAUUUAUCCUUGGAAAGACUGUGUUAUUCAUUCAUGGAGGUAUGGUUCAUUUGAUUACUAAUAUUCUCUAAUCUUGAUACUUGACAAAAAUUCCAGUCGUACUAUGAUCAUGUAAUUUAAAUUGUAAAUGUACAAAUCUUCAAAUUCCCGCUGUUAAUGAAAUAAACAAGGAACAUUGUAUACCAGAACGUAAUACGUGUACAUUUUUUUUUGGCGCAACAUGUUUAAAUGUUAACUGUUUUUAUCCUUAUAGUGGAAUUUGGUUUGUCUGAACGUCGAAGCAGAAUAGUGAAACACACCAUAGAAAUCCCGCCUAUUCUCUUGAAUGCCCCUUUUACGAGUUGACUUCUCAGAAGUUCAAAUCAAUGGAUCAAGGAAAACGGAACGCGUGUGUAACGUGUCGGGAGUGGUCAGGUUAUCAACCCCGUAGCAUUUUGGGGGAUUUGUGAAGAGCUUUUUUGUGGUACGUGUAAUAUUCAGUGAACCCUUCCUUUGAAAUUGGUUCAAGCAUACAUAAGCCAGCGUGGUGUCUGUACAAAUCAGUAUGAUAACUUCACUGAUAGAUAAAGGAACCACAUUUCAUUGUGAAGAAAUUAGUUGGCUUGGUGCCUUUUGAUGUUCCGCGGCCAACGUAGCUAGAACGCCCUCUUCUAGCUAAACCGCAAAUUGAAAUUUUUUUUAGGGCGAGUCGUUUGCCCUCUAUUGUUGACUACUCGCGUGUGAUCGUACCGCCGUCAAGUGGUGCGGCCAACAUCAAGGGUAUCACAGAUGCCGCUUUUACCUGUUAUAUUGCCGCCAACGGUUUCUUCUUAUUGUCUAAGUACCGACCUCAUUCAAGAUUUUCAGGAUAAAAUCUGGCCAGUUCGUCUGGUGGUCAUCACUUUGGAUUUCAUCCAUCAACCAGUAACAUCAGUUUCGUUCCCGAGUAUACCUCAAGAUGUCCACCAGCUUUUUCAGUUCUCUCGUCAUGCAAGAUAACAAGCCAGACCUCGAGAUGCCUGUCACAGAGCCAAGAGACUUUGACCGCUUCCAUGACUACCUUGGCCUAGCCCGUCUCAUCACCAAGACCAGCAUAGCUUCUCCAAGGCCUACCUCUGUCUCGGAGUCAUCUGAAGAUCAGUUCCUCGGACUCCAGACGCCAGAGCCGGGCCAAGAGACCAGCAGCAUCGACAGUGGGUCCACCAUGGGUUUUCGUCCCUUCACAAUCGAUGAGCUGUCCCGUGAUGAGACCUGUCAACCAUCUCGACGUGGCAAUCGGUGGAUGGUUCCCAAGCCAACCUGGUGUGUCUUCUGCAAGAACAACGGCGAGAGCGAAGCGGUCUACACCUCACACAUCCUCAAGAACAGCCUGGACAAGGUUGUCUGUCCUAGGCUACGGGCUUACAUCUGUCCACUGUGUGGAACCAGCGGAGAUGAAGCUCAUACCAUCAAGUACUGUCCAACCAACCUGGGCAGCUUGCAGCCAGCUCCGUCCAAGUCAAGACCAAGCAAUCUCGGCAUGUUCAUCAGCAGCAGACUUCUGCCGUCAGCAGAAACCAGAGUUUCCGUAUGACCAUUGCAAGGAAAAACUCUAAAUCAAACGGCUCUUUUCAGAGCCAACACACAUUCCAAAAAGAGAUAUGGUUCAUAUGGGCUGCGUUUACUGUUAUGGUGUUUGAUUGUAUAAAAGCUAUCCAUGGAGGUAGGAAUUUUAUUCCUACAUCCAAGAGGUAUUCAACCUUGAACAAAAUAGAAGUGCAUAAAAAUGUGUACCACUUGCAUGAAAGCAUGCAGAUUAGAGUAGGACAACAGGAAGUUAUCGAUCCCAGUUCCUUCAGCAUGUUAAGAGAGCGGUCUACUUAUUAUUAUUUUUUCUUUAAAUUUGGAAACGAGGGAAAGUCUAUCUUUUUUGCCAUACAUGUAUUUCAUCUGCUUUACAUAAUAGCCCCAUGUCUUUUGUGCUAAUGUACAGUGUACAUGUAAUAAUUUCCGAAAUCGUGACAAGAGAUAGCCACUGCUCGCUGCAUGACCAUAAUUUUACAACAAAUUAUUUUCAACAGCAAAUUUAAAAGGUACAUGUAUUGUAGUCAUGUACAAGUACUUAGCAGCGGCGGAUCUACGUGGAGGGUGGGGGCGGCAGUGGAUUACUCUGUGCAAGACUGAUUACAUGUUUAUGCUCAUCAAAGUGACCAGUUUUUUAAUUGUGUGAUCAUUUUGUAGAAAUGUCACCUAAAUAAAAAGGUAAUAAAAAAUA